AUGGAGAUUGCGGUCAAUAAAUCAACAAAUACAACAGCUUUACAAGUGGCUAUUUUUCGAGAUAAUUUAUUAAAAAUACAGUUAUUAGUUAAAUAUGGAGCUGAUAUUAAAACAUUAAACAAAGCUGGUGAUGAAACAAUUCAACAAUUAGCUAUAUCAACAAAUAGAAGGGAUUUAAUUAGUUAUGUCACUUCAUUGAUAAAUGUUCCAAGAAAUUAA